AUGUCGGCAUCAAGUCCAACAAGCGGCAACUCUCAAUCAUGGUCCGGUCCAGGAAUCAUACAGUCCUACAUAAAACUACGGGACGACUCCAAAAUCUCGCAAGAGACUCUCGAGAAAUGGGUUUACGACGUGUAUCUUCCCGCCGUCUUGAAGACUGGUAUCGUCAAAGCGAUCACAUCGUGGAGAGCCGCGAGUGCGAAGUACGAAAGGGGGUGGCUGAUAGUGUUCGAUGUUGAAGAUCUGGAGUUAGUGCAGUAUGGGAAUAGGAAGCAUGUGGGUGGGGGCUUGCAUGUAAUUUCAAGGACUAGCGACAUGUUUUGGACGAAUGGGCCGGUGGACGAUGUUAUCGAUUUCGAGUCGAGGAUCUUGGAGAAGGUGGAGCUGUAUGGGGAUGGUCGGGAUUCGGCAGGUGCGUCUCAAUGCUUUGCCAAGAAGGGAUCCUCUCUUCUCCUGGAUGCUUGCUCAACGUCUACCGUCGUCAACCUUGGCUGA